UAUUUAUGUACUAGUAAUGUGUGAAGUGGACACAGUGCCAAGGAAGUAACAGGCAGUGACGUUAGGGAUUGUCCAGUUUGCUGCCUCUGUACGCCAGCAUCCAGCCAGCCCAGAUCCCUCAAGAUGCAGGGAGGGAGGCAGGAGAGGAGUAUGUCGACCACGGGGGACUCCCUUUACGAAACUCUAGGGGUCCCCAAAGAUGCCACCACUGACCAAAUUAAGAAAACCUACCGGAAGCUGGCCCUCAAGUACCACCCGGACAAGAACCCCAACAACCCAGAGGCAGCCGAAAAGUUCAAGGAGGUAAAUCACGCCCAUGGAAUCCUCAGUGAUGCCACCAAGAGGAACAUUUAUGACAACUAUGGCUCACUGGGUCUGUACAUCGCCGAGCAGUUUGGGGAGGAGAAUGUCAACACUUACUUCCUGGUCAAUUCUGGCUGGUGCAAGGCAUUGUUCCUCUUCUGUGGCAUCAUCACUGGCUGCUACUUCUGCUGUUGCUGUUGCUGCUGCUUCAACUUCUGCUGCGGCAAAUGCAAACCAAGGCCUCCCGAUGAGACUGGAGAUUAUCACAACCUGAACACAGGUGCAGAGGACUGGCGCGAGCAGGCGGAAGGACCCAUCACCAACCAGCCAGGCCCUUCAGCCCCCAAGGAGGAAGUGAGCGAUGAAGACCAGGAGGCAGCGAAGGCUGCAGGAGAGCCUGUUACUUCCCAGCCACCCCCAUCCACCAACCCCUUCAGGAAGCAGGAGGAGUCUGGGCUAAUGAAUGACUCGCGAGCCUCCACUAAUCCCUUCAGGCAAGAGGAGAGGCCCUCCCAACCUCCUCGCAGCAAUCCCUUCAGGACUCCUGGUGGUGAGGCUGGCCCCGGGAUGAGCCAGCCUGUGUUUGCCAUGCCACCACCUUCCCAGGGCACCAACCCCUUCAAUGCAGGAGCCAAUGAAAGCACCUCCCUCAACACUGGUUCCCAGCCCACCUACACACCAGUUGCAGAGGAGAAGUAGUUGAUUUUCUAGAGCAUUUAGGAGGUUUGGACAGCAUGUCGCAGAAUGCAUCUCCUAGUCAUGGCCAUUAGAGACCUGGACCUGCGUGGAGGAGGUGUUGCCAGCCUGUAGAAGAAUCUCCUUGCCUCCUUGCAUUCCCCCAGCUGGGCCUCUGUGAAAGAGAGAGGUCCCAGAGGCAGUGAUGCUGCACUCCUUACUUGAACGAAGAGGAUACAAGUGGUGUGUGUGUGUGUGUGUGUGUGUUUAGAAGUUUAUUGAAAAGGACAUUUAAUUCAUCAGUUCCAAAUGGUUUUUAACUGGUAUUAGAGAGAGUAGAGAGAAAGAGAGAGAGAGAGAGAGAUUCAGGUAUAUAGUCUUAGCAUAUCAGUUAAACAUUGCUUUUCAUUUAAUCCAGUCAUCGUGUUCGUUCAGCGGUGCAGCAUAGACGCCCAGCUUUCUAAUAUUACUUUAUAUGCUGCUGGUGACAGGCAGCUGGUAGCUACCUUUACCUCUCCAGUAGCCACCUUGAGGUUGUGUGCUGGUAAUAACUGACCAGAUUAAAGGGGUAUUAUUAUAUUAUUAUUAUUAUUAUUAUUAUUAUUAUUAUUACUAUUAUGUAUAGUGGUAGAGAAUCAUUAUACUUUUUUCUUUUCCUUUUUUAACUUUUUAUACUGAACAUGUUCCUCAUCUCAUUGGAAGUGUAGAUGUUAGAUGUCCUCUCUCAUUCCCCACCUGCUGCUGCCUCCAAUGUCCUCCACAGGUGUGCUGGGGAAGGGAAGGCUAGCUUGAAUGUGUCCUUAUUUCACAUUCACAGUCUCAUUCAACACUUAGAGACAAACUGUAGAUAUCAUAUCACAUUUCAGUUAUUAUUAUUAUUAUUAUUAUUAUUAUUAUUAUUAUUAUUAUUAUUAUGGUAUUAUUAUUAAUGGUAUUAUUGGUAUGAUUUUGGUAGUGUCAAGUGAAUGCUGAAGUGUUAGUAACUAGCCUCUGUCAUCAUUUUAUAUUCCUGUCUGUUAUUAACCAUCUCCUCUGGCACAUGAUUCUAGAAGUGUAGUGUUCAUUAUAGUACGACGAUGUGCUCACAUGAUUAUGUAUUUCUGGUUCAGCAGUUUCAUUAUUUGUGCAAUCAAGAUUGAGUGUGGCUUGCCAGUCUGUCCAUGAGUCAACCAGUUAAUCUGCUGAGAAUGUUGUAAAGGCUUUGGUCAGAAGAGGAAGGAGCACCAGGCAGCAUUUGUCAGGUAAAUUAUGGGGCUGGAUUCCCUCACUCACCCAGUAAGGCAUUUUAUUCAUCAGUGAACUUAUUUUCCACCACUACCUAUCACACAGUAUAAACUUAUGUACCAGUAAACUGAGGCAUUAGUUGUGUUUGCUUGGCUUAUAUGUACAAAUGAAACAAGUAAGUAAUUAUCUGGGCAAUGUUUAGGUGUUGGGUAAAUUUAUCUAAAGACAGGGAUGAGUGAGAAUAAGAAAUUUGUCAGAAAAUCUCUUGGAUCUUGCUUGAAUGAGAGUGAGUGAGGGAGGUUGAGCUGUGACUUACAGCUGCCACACAUGCUCCUUCCUGUUCUCUGCGUUGAUUUAUGAGGCAGUGGGAGAAAUAAAACCUGUCUGGCCUUCAAGUAGCAGUCACCACAUAAAUUCAGGUUGUUAUCCACCAUCACUGCAUCUAGUCUUGUGGUGAUAUUGCACCUGCCUGCACUGGGCAUUAGCUAGGCCACCCCUCAUCUCAAGGAGACCUCCCCAAUCUAUGCUACCUGUGCCGAGAGAGGAGACAACAGGAGGAAGGUUACUAAUUUUUAACUCGUGUACCUGUGCCAAUAGGUUUCCUUUGUUUUGGGGACUUGUUCUCUGUAGCCAGUAAUUAACUUCUCCCCGCGUGUAUGUGUGUGUGUGUGUGUUUGUGUCUCUUUCUUGCUCCACAUUUAUCUCCUCUUGUGGCCUUGUCUGUUAAUUUUCAAAGGUCAAGUGUUGUUUUUUUUAACUUGUCUGUGUCUAUGGUCUAAGAAGUGUUGCUUUCUUCUCUUGGGUCUCAUCUUUAACCUUAUUUAUCACUCCUAAGUUUAGAGUAGUGUGGUAAGGAUUUCUGCAACAGUGGUUUUCACAUUUGUAGAAAUCUGGGAUCCCAUUUUCACAUGUACUUAUGUUUUUAUUUAUGUUCUUUGUUUCCUUGUACUUGAUUUUCCUAGUAAUGUGUAUUGGGUUUGAGUGGCAAGGCAGGUGGUUAUCAGUGUUAGUAUUCAUUCAGCUGCAGAGUGAGUAAAUGAAGCAAGUGCAAAUGGUUGUUGAUAUCUUCGUGUUACUUCUUAGGUAUUAUUUCAUAUUUUUAUGUUGAUAAUUUAAAAGUAGGUGUUCUGAAGUAAUGUAGUGCAGAGUCCAGUAAGUCUAACAUGGUGCAUUUGUUAUCUGUCAUUCAUUGGUCAAGAAACUCCCCUGAAGAAAUUAAUCAAAGUGUAAAAUAUAGACAACCUCGCAGUGAAGCUUAUUAGCCAUUUUGAUUCCCAUAGACAUUGUUGUUUUGCGCCUCCUUUCCCUUCACCAAUCAGGCCUCAACUGCAUUCUCUUAACAUUAGUGCAUCACCAGGCUUGCCAAUCACAGUUACCUCUUUUCAGGUCAUAGUCUGAGAGGUUUGCCUUAAAGAGAACUAGCCUUCCUUUUUUACUGUCAUUGCAUACUUCUAUUUAUUCAUUUAGCUGGCUUUUUCUCCUCAGGUGGCUAUUACUGUAUUUUGGUGUGCGUGUGACUGUGACAGCAGGUGUUACCCUUCUCUCCGUGACUUAGUCCUCUAGACGGGAGGCAUUGAUUGUUACGAGUAAUAGUGGAUGUGGUUUGUCCAUGUAGAUGUGCUCAAUACCUCUGCAUAGGGCAAAGGCAAACAUACACACACACAUAUAUACAGUUCAUAAACACAUAACGUACGUACAUACAGUCAAGUGUACGAUUUCUCAAGCCUCUCAAGAUGUAAAUACUAUGUCUUCUUACCGUCUCUGUCCCUUGUCAGUCUCUUUGCUCUCUGCCCCUCACUAGACCUUAAGAUGUCUGUCUAGAGAAGAGAUGCUACUCAGUUCCCUGCAAUGUAUGGCUGCAGCUUGCUGGGAUGUGUUAGACUGAGUGUUGAGUAAUGGUAAUAAUAUAAAGUUGCUACCCAUUUUAUGAUCAUUGUUGAGAUUAUUGAAUUGUUAAAUUUUGGAAAGAGUAUUUAAGGAAAACUUCUAAGACAAAGCAAACUAGGUGUGGAUGUAGUGGUAGUCUAUGGUGGUUCCUGAGAGACUUUUUUAGCUAGGCUGUGGAGUUACAUCACAUUGACUUGGAGAUUGAGUUAGUGUUGUUUUUUCUUAUGUGCAUGCCUAGUUAUUGGUAUCGUGUUCAUGGGUCGGGUGUCGGUGUUUUGAUGUUUACUAAUUGGCAGAGAACAUUGCUUGCAUUAUGUUUGGUUUGAUAAAUUUGUCAUUGUGUGAAGAGAAGUUUGGAUGUAUUUGUUUUUCACAUUUUAAAUUCAUUCCAAGAGAAAUGUGUUGAUUGAGAAGAAAAUCUAUAAUGAGGAUAUUUUGCCAGCUAAAUGUUGACUCCUAUAGCUGUAGUGGAAGAUAUAGGUAUUAUGCAGUAAAUGUACAGUGGUGGCAGAUUCAUACAGCAGAAUAUGUGUUCAUAGGAGUGUAAGUCUUAGGUUCCAUCAUUCCAUCCCUGAGUCACCCACCACACAGGGAAGGGAUGGCAGUAAAGACAGGAGGCUACUGGACUUUUAGCCUUUACAGAUACUGGUUGCUGAUUGUUCUCUCUCUGAUUCCACGGCAAUAUGCAUUUCCUUUAUGCUUCCUAUCAUACUAUGAAUCAUAAUAUCAAUGCUGAUAUACAAUUAACUCCUUAACCCUUUGUAAAACCAUCAGUACUGCUGGCUAAGUGUUCUCCCUCUAUUCAAUUAUGAUGCACCCUGUCAGCUGAGUCUGUGGCUUGCUGGGACAAACUGCAAGUGUCUGGUGGAGUGAACAAUGCAGCUUUCCAGUAACACCCAUGAGCUUAGAGUCUCAAAUCCCAUCCAGUACCACCUUUAGGGCAUCACACUUUUUGUUGCCUUUUAUCGCUUGUGUGUGGAAUUUGCCAGAAAGGAAAACGUUCAUUAGAUGGUGUAGCAGGAGGCCUGAGCAAGGUCUUCAGAGCCCAUCCUAGAUAUCUGGUGCCUUGCAAUGGCCGGCACUGAAGUGCAAGUCUCAGAAGUGUCUGAGUGUUUAUUCUCAGCAGGAGCAUCAUUCCAGAAGAGGCAAAGAAUCUGUCUUAUUGUGUGGGUGCUGGUCAGGUCCCCAAGGGCAAGACUGUACCUAGUGCAAUGUUCCCCUCGUCCCUUACAAUUGUACGUUACUAUGAUCCCCUCCCUGUUUAUCUUGGUCUUCUCAUCAUGUCCUGCACGUAUCUGCCAGUGAUAGAGUGGGAAAAAGAGUGUAUACAGAAUCUUACUUCUUGCAUGAUUGUUUAAUCAGAGAGGUCUAUUAUAGAAAGGGAGUUAUUUAUGAUGGCAAGGAUGUGUUAGUUGAUAAGAAAAGAGCAUACAUACAUACAUACUAUCUCUCGCCCUUUUAUCUUGAUUCAGAAUUACUUUGUGUAUCCAUCCAAUAAAGCUACUUAUAAAUUUAUGAAAAAAUUAAAUUAUACCUUUUUCUAGCCCCAGUCAGGGUGUCUACAAAUUUCUUGUUUUAUAGAUUUGCAUCAUUCAUCCAUGGAUUCAAUUAAAGCAUGGAAGGCUCAUUCAUUGGGUCAUGUAUAUCAUAUUAGUAGGCAUAAGUUCAUGAAAAAAAUGUAUAGAGACUACAAUACUUUUAAUGUUCGUAUAAGUGACUUCAUUCCCUCCCUCCUGAGCAAUAACUGCAAAUUUAUCACCAUAAUGGGCACUUGUGUUGUCUCAGGCAGCAUCAGUCAUCACUGCAUCACCAGGUGUGUCUCUGUGGCCGCCAUCUCGGACCACAGAGAGUCAACAGCAUUCUUAAGUUACUUGCAGCAUCUUCCAUGUCAGCCUUCCAAGCUCCCCAGACACCCUGACUAGAGAUAAAAGUUACUGUCCAUUCAGUCUGUUAUUAGGACAGUGUCUUAAGUUCUGUCAACACUUUUCUCUGCCACUCUGCACCUUGUACUGUGUCACUCAUGGGCUGCGGCAGAACAACACCCUGUCCCUGAAAUCCACCAUUAAAAUGUCAGGCGUCAUUUGCAACCAACCUAACCUGUGCUAUGUAUGAUCUAAAGUUGUGUGUUGUUAGUGAAGAGAAAUUGUCAAUGCACUAAUCAUCUCACAGUGUUGCCCUGCCCAGCUUUUCUCAUUUCGUGUCUUAAUAAAUAAUGGAGAAAUGUGAGAUACUUGAGACUGUAGAUCCUGUACAUAUUUAAAAAAGAGUUACUGUUGAUCAUGGUGAUAACCUUAUGUGCAUGUACUGAGGCUGUAUAGUAUAAAAGUCCCAUUAUUUCAU